UCCGAGGGCGGAUAUAUUAUUGAUGCCCAAAUAUAUUGAUGCAGUUAGGUGAAAACUGAUGUGGUGGUUAUUAGGUUAACUGAUGCGGUGGUUAUUGUAUAAAGUUUGUAUUUUUCUUAUAUACAGUUAUCAUAUCAAAAGGUAUGUAUCAUAGAAAAUAUUUGUUGGACUAAACUAAUAUCAAUAGGUCACACUUGUGUUUUAAUAGAAUAGAUAUAUGAACCCUAAAGAUAUUACGGCUAAACGAUUCUACUUCGAUUAUAUCUUACAUUAUUUAAGCAUUAGGGUACCUUACAAAAGAAAACACAUGGCUCGCCGGACAAGCUACUUGCAACAUCGAAUUCCGGUGCUGAAAAUAAGGGAAGGACCUUACACGCAGCUAGGCUACGCGCAGCAGCGGAGAUCCGUCAAGGCACAUGACAUCCUUACAGAAUCUCACACACGUCAUGCUCUUCAAGAACGUACAUGCGACAGUAGAGAGGUCGUUUGCAAACUUUGUGGAAAUGGUGUUUCUUAUGGGUCAACCACUUACUAUUGUCGUCUAUGUAGAUCCUAUUUUCACAAGGAUUGUCUUACAAUAACUUCCCCAAAGAUUCAUGAGCAUACACUCACCUACCUUCAAAGAAAACACUCAUUCGGUUGCGAUGCUUGUGGAUUCGUCCGUCCAGAUGAGAUUGAUAUGUUCGGAUGUUUACAAUGCGAUUUCUUUGUUCACAGAAGUUGCAUCUUCUUACCGAGGGUUAUAAAACUCACACGUCACUCACAUUAUCUUUCUCACGUUUUUCAUAUACUUGAUGAUGAGGCCAAGUGUGGAGUUUGUCAGGGACGGUUUAGUUCAGGCUAUGGAGGAUAUGCUUGUAUUGACAAAACAUGUGAUUAUGUUGUCCAUUCUACAUGUGCGACAAAUAUCAACGUGUGGGAUGGAAUAGAUGUCGAAGGAGAAUUUAAGGAAGUGAGAUGCUGUGGUUUCUUCAUUAGAAGAGAUGGAUGACAUACAAGUACAUCAUUUUAGCCACGACCAUGGCUUAUCGAGAAUCAACGUCAGUGUUGACCGUGAAGAAUGUAGACAGGUAUGUGAAGCAUGUAUCCUUCCUAUUGAUAUGGGUACUUUCUUGGGUUGCAAGGAAUGCAGUUUUGCCCUCCACGAAGAAAGUGCUCGCCUUCCACCGGAGAUGGAGCAUCCGUUACACCGCCAUCGGAUAACCGUGCAGGUCCAAAGGAACAUCAACGAAGGGUUUUUCACCUGUUCUGCCUGUAAGCAGGAUUCUUGUGGUUUUAUGUAUCAAUGUUGCCAAGAAGAGUGUGGGUUCAAGAUAGAUGUUAAGUGUGCUUCCUUUACCGACCCAUUUAAGCAUAAACCCCACAAAUGCCCUCUCUAUCUUAGACUAGAAGAUCUUGGUAACAGAAAGUCUUACUUGUGUUGUGGUUGCCAUGAAUAUUCAACUACUGUGGCAACUUGUAUCAAAUGUAAAGACUCCUCCUUUGAUUUCAAAUGCUUGAACUUACCUCCUGUGAUCAGAUAUAAGUAUGAUAUACAUCCACUUACGCUAUACUUUGAUAGAAAACGCUACGAGAAACAACAGCUGGAAAAGUUUUGGAAAAGUAACUUCUUAGGUUGGGGAAGAGAUAGACUCCCAUACUCUUGGUGUGACGUUUGUGAAGAAGAAGUACACGAAUAUUUAUUGUUCUACAUAUGUUUUGAUUGUCGCACCACUAUACAUGUUAAGUGCAUCUUAGGAAGUUAUCCUUAUAUGAAACCUAGCCAUAAGAUCAAAGUGAACGGUCUCAAGAUUCAGAUAGCUUCAAACACUGGUUCUUCUCGGCCAAUUUGUCAUACAUGUCACAGUCUCUGCCGAGACAAGUUGGUAUUCAAGGAGAAUGGUUUAUGUUUUUGU